AUGGCUGUCCUCGUCCUCCUCCUCCUCGCCACCUUCCUCCCGUCCACCGCCCUGGCCGCCUUCUCCCCGGCCUUCUCCUUCUUCCUCGCCUGCGGCGCCGGCUCCACCGUCACCUUCCCACGCGACAACCCAGCGCGCAACUUCACCCCGGACGACGAUUACCUGACCACCAAACGCGUCCCGGCGGUGACGAACGCCAGCCCCAACAGCGCCGCCUCCCCGCUCUACGCCGCCGCGCGCGCGUCCAGCUCCGCCUUCUCCUACAGAUUUUCUUUCUCCGACUCCGCCGGGCAGGCCGCGUUCCUCGUCCUCCGCCUCCACUUCUUCCCUUUCUCCCCGGCCUCGCCGUCCACCGUCAGCCUCUCCUCCGCGCGCUUCGCGGUCUCUGUCCAGGACGCGUACACCGUGCUGUCCUCUUUCUCGCCGACGAGCGCCGGCGUCGUCAAGGAGUUCUUCGUCCCGGCAGGCAGUUCUGGCGACUUCCGCGUCACGUUCACGCCGGACGCCGGCUCCGCUGCGUUUGUCAACGCCGUCGAGCUGUUCCCCGCUCCAGCGGAGCUGCUGUGGAACGGCAGCGUGACGCCGGUGGGCGCAGGUGCGGCGGCCAGCGACAUAGCCGCGUGGCGAAAGGACGCGCUGGAGACGGUGUACCGCCUUAACGUGGGCGGCCCCGAGGUGACGGAGGAGAACGACACGCUCUGGCGGACGUGGCUCCCCGACGAUCCCUUCCUCUUCAGUCCCGCGGGGAGCUCCACGCUGGAGAAGACGAACACCCCGAUCAUCUACGACGCCACCUACACCAGGGAGGUGGCGCCCGACGUCGUCUACAGGACGCAGCGCGCCGCGGCGAACGUGUCGGCGGCGGCUGUACCUAUGAGUUUCAACGUCACGUGGACCUUCUCGGCGGAACUGGGGUCGAACUACCUCGUCCGUCUCCACUUUUGCGACUACGAGCUGCUGAGCUCCGUCGACGGAGUCGGCAUCGUGUUCAACGUCUUCGUCGCGGAAGCCAUUGGCACCCAAGACUUCGCUCCCAAACAGUUCGAGACGCAGGCGAACACGGCCUUAUACAGGGACUACGCGGCCACGGCACCCAUCUCCGGGAACCUCACCGUCAGCAUCGGCAUGUCCGCCAAGAGCAGCCCUGGCGAAGGAGGCUUCCUGAACGGGCUGGAGAUCAUGAAGGUGCGACCUUCGGAUUCGAGCUUGGCGGCGGGGUCACGUGGUAGCAACUGGAGAGUUUUGAUCAUCGCGCUCUCGACCGUGCUCGGUGCCUCGGUUCUCGCGGCCGCCGCGCUCUGCUUGUUCUUCGUCGUGCGGAGAAAAAGGCGGAUGGCGCGGCCGGCGCCGUUGGAGAAGGAGAGCAGCAAGCCGCUGCCGUGGUCGCAGGAAAGCUCCGGGUGGAUGCUAGAGCCGUCGAGCCGGUCGGGCGAGGGCACUACCGGCGCGAUGCAGAGGGUGAGCACGCAGCUCCACAUCCCGCUGGAGGAGCUGAGGUCGGCCACCGACAACUUCCACGAGCGCAACCUCAUCGGCGUGGGCGGCUUCGGCAACGUGUACCGCGGCGCGCUCCGCGACGGCACCCGCGUGGCGGUGAAGCGCGCGACGCGCGCAUCCAGGCAGGGCUUGCCGGAGUUCCAGACGGAGAUCGUGGUGCUGUCCCGCAUCCGGCACCGGCACCUGGUGUCGCUCAUCGGCUACUGCAACGAGCAGGCGGAGAUGAUCCUAGUGUACGAGUACAUGGAGAAAGGCACGCUGCGGAGCCACCUGUACGGGCCAGACUCCGACGGGGCAGCGCCGCUAUCGUGGAAGCAGCGGCUAGAGGUGUGUAUCGGCGCCGCCAGGGGGCUGCACUACCUGCACACGGGCUACUCCGAGAACAUCAUCCACCGCGACGUCAAGUCCACCAACAUCCUCCUCGGCGACGGGUUCAUCGCCAAGGUGGCCGACUUCGGGCUGUCGUGCAUCGGCCCGUCAUUCGGGGAGACACACGUAAGCACGGCUGUGAAGGGCAGCUUCGGGUACCUAGACUCGGAGUACUUCAAGACGCAGCAGCUGACGGACCGCUCCGACGUCUACUCCUUCGGGGUGGUGCUGUUCGAGGUGCUGUGCGCGCGGCCGGUGAUCGACCAGGCGCUGGAGCGCGACCAGAUAAACCUCGCCGAGUGGGCCAUCGGGUGGCAGAGGCACGGGCAGCUGGACUGGAUCGUCGACCCGCGGAUCCUCGGGGAGGUGAACGAGAACUCGCUUCGCAAGUUUGCGGAGACGGCGGAGCGGUGCCUGGCGGACUACGGGCAGGAGCGGCCGUCCAUGGCCGACGUGCUGUGGAACCUCGAGUACUGCCUGCAGCUGCAAGAGACGCACGUGCGGCGGGACGAGUUCGAGGACAGCGGCGCCGUCGGCGCGCAGUUCCCCGAGGACGUCGUCGUGCCGCGCUGGGUGCCGUCGUCGACGAGCUUCCUGACGACGGGCGAUCCGGACGACACGGUCGUCACCGACGUGGGAGUCGCCAACAGCAAGGUCUGCAUCACGGUCACGGAUAAUCCAUGUUCGUUCGCCGCGCUGGCGGCGCAGCUGGCGCGCAUGCAGGACGGCUGCAUCGAGCGGUACCCCGCGCUGUACGGCAGCGACGACCGCAUCCACGCGUGCAUGUCGGAGCUGGGGGUGCCGCUGACGCGCCACCCCGGGUUCCACCAGUGCGACCUGUGGGGCGACGUGCUGGGCCUCCUGGGCGCGCACCCGGUGGCGCCGCUGGUGGCGCUGCACCACUUCGACUUCCUGCAGCCGGUGUUCCCGACGGUGCGGUCGCGGACGCAGGCGCUGCGGCGGCUGUUCGCGGGGCCCGUAGCGCUGGACCCGGCUGCCGCGGCGCAGCAGUCGGUGUGCUACGACGCCGGCAAGGAGUGGACGGUGUCCGUGUCGUGGGGGCUCGCGGUGGUGGUGCUCCGCGGGGUGCUGUCGCCGCGGGAGAUGGAGACGCCGAUUCGGACGUUCCUCAACUGGUACCGCCGCGCCGACUACACGGCGUACGCGUUCAACACGCGGCCCGUGGCGCGGCACCCGUGCCCCGAGUACGAGCGGCACCGGGUGCCGCCCGCGCCGUGCCGGUGGCGCAUCCCGGACCCCGCCGCGCUGCUGGACCGCGUCGUCGUGCUCAAGAAGCCCGACCCCGAGCUGUGGAAACGGGUACGACUGCUCGCACGGCAACAAAACUUUGCGGUCAUUUUCUUCUUCUCUGGUGGCCACGCUCACACCAGACCACGCAUGUACUAG